AUGAAGCUAUCCAGAGAAAUUUUGCUAAUUUUACUGACGCAAUGUCUUUGCAUUAUCGCGUGUGACUUGGACAACGAACUUAAGCUUUCCGACGAACAAAAAGUAAAAUUUCAAAAAGUGCUUCUUAAUCUAUUAGGGAUUCCGACUGGACCGAGAACAGUUCCAAGGAAAAGUAUGGGAACAGAAAGCUCGCAGUUUCUCUUGGACGCAUUUCGGUUUAUAGACGUUUCGAAUAACAGAGUGAAAAGGUACACGAACAAUCUUCGGGAAGAGGAUAUAACAAAAAUCCAAAAGAGUGAUAUGAUUGUCACUCUACACAAUACAAAUAAGAGGGAGCAUCGCAUUGGUAAUACGAAUCGGAUCUACUUUUCCAUGCCUAAAUUGCCAGAAAUACAUAAAAUAAACGGAGCUGAGUUGAAAGUUUACCAGGAUGCCAAAGUCAAUAAGCUACCGUUUCUAAAACUAUCAGUUGCUGUGUAUAGGCUAGUUAAAACCUUCUUGGGCAUACCUGAAUUAGAAAAGAUUUCCGAAAAUAUAACCACGAAGGACUAUACCGGUUGGCUCACUUUCGAUAUAUCCAAAGCGUUCACAUCCUGGGUUUCCCAAGCAGCACACGCAUUUAAGUUGUAUAUCUCAGUUCACCCGGUAGGAACUGACAAGGCAUUACCUUCAUCGUAUAUAGGGAUAGAUUUUCGUACAACAAAUCGACCUUAUGUUGUAGCAUUUUUGAAAACCAAUGAAAAGUGAAAGUGACAUACUGUCCACUAAGUAAUCCAAACAAUAAAUGGAAGGCUACAAAUGGAUCUAUUCCUUGGCCUCCU